AUGGACAAGGUCUGGAGUAGAAGCAAACAGAGUCGGAACUUGAGUCUUAAAUCUCGGGUGUCGGGUGUCGGUUGUCGGUUGUCGGUUGUCGGGUGUCGGGUGUUGGGUGUCGGGUGUCGGUUGUUGGUUGUCGGGUGUCGGGUGUCGGGUGUCGGGUGUCGGGUGUCGGGUGUCGGGUGUCGGGUGUCGGGUGUCGGGUGUCGGGUGUCGGGUGUCGGGUGUCGGGUGUCGGGUGUCGGGUGUCGGGUGUCGGGUGUCGGGUGUCGGGUGUCGGGUCUCGGUGGUCGGGACUCAAUAUUUGGGACUCGUUGGUUGGGACUUGAUACUCGAUUGUUGGGAUUCAAUGGUCAGGCAUUGGGUUUCAGGACUCAAAUCUUGGGCUUCGGGACUCGGGUUUCAAGACUCAGUAGUUGGGACUCAAUUGUUGAUUGUCGGAAUUUGAUAGUCAGGGCUCAGAUAUUGACGAUCGGAAGUGUGCUGGACAUCACAUAUUCGUUUGUCGAGACCCGGGUCUUGGAACUCGGUACACUUCGCUCGAGUUUCCACUUCACCCCUUUGCAAGGCUCUGUGCCAUACUACAUCAUUAGAUGA